AUGAACCACCCCUAUCCGAUAAACGGUCCUCCGUAUCAGCAGCCUCAGCAUCCAGGCUAUCCUCCUCCUCCGCAAUCUACUUCGACUCCGGGUGCUCCUCCUCCGCCUCACUAUGCGUAUCCUAUGGCGGCUAGCCCGCAUCCUUAUUAUACCUAUCAGUAUCCUCCUCCUCAGCCUAUGAUGGUUUAUGGCGCUCCGCCACCACCUCAGCCUCCUCCCGCAGAGAUAGCGCAGGCGAACUCUCCUCCUCCACAGACUCCGACGACUUCGAGUAGUGGUGCAAAGCGGAAGAGAAAAAGUGCCAAAGAAAAAGCCGCAUCCGAUGACGAAGCAGCGUCGGGACAGGAUGGGUCACGUACUCAAGGCCAGUCCCAGAUAGAUCCAAAGAAGCGUACGAAGACGCAACGUGCUUGUGAUUCUUGCAGGACCCGAAAAAUUCGCUGCGAUGUUUUAAUUGAUUCCGACCCACCGGUCUGCCAACACUGUCGACAAUAUCAAUUCGACUGCACAUUCUUUUUGCCUAUCACCGAGACUAGAUUCAAAAAGAAGAAGCUCGAGGCUGAGGAAACUGAUAAGGACAAGUCGUUUUCUACAAGAGCAAGCGCUGCCCACGAUCCUAGACGUGAAGUUGGUGUCCUCGGCGUGACUUCCCCUACACAUCUUCUUCAUUCUCAAGCCACGAUCUCAUCCCGUGUUUAUCAAGGGUAUGAUGCGAGGUACAACCACACCUUUGAGGUUAGCAAGACCGGCGAUGGCCUUAUAUCUGUUCAAAAACCUUCCAACGAGGAGCAGCAGACAAAACCCGUUGAAUACCGCGUCGAAAGAAACCUCAUUGAGCAGCUCAUCAAUGCCUACUUUACCGAUGUUGCCCCGCUUUUACCGGUGGUUACUCAGGUGGAAUUUUUGGCGCAUUCAUCUCCACCGCCGAUUUUACUUUACUCCAUGUGUCUUGUUGCCGCAGCUAGGCGAGAUGUUCCGCAACAAGUGUUUGACUCGAUUCGCUACACGGUCAACUCUAUCAUUAAGGCUGAAGACGUUCUAUCUACUGCGUCUAUCGUUAAUGUGCAAGCGCUGCUUAUCCUUUGUAUGACCGGUGAUUGUCACUCUCCGUUCGUGCCCACUGCGCUAUCCGCGUUAUGGAUAAGACUGGGUACGGCCAUUAGAAUGGCUCAAGACCUCGGGCUUCACCGCUGCGAGUCUGUCCAACAGAACGUAGAAUUACGACGCCGUCUUUGGGGUGCUUGCCUCAUAAGCGACAGAUGGUAUCUCUUUCUUACCUACGGACAUCCCUAUAUGAUUGAUAUACAAGAUUGUGACGCCCGUCUGCCUUCAUCUGGAGAUCAGAAUGAUCUUUACAUGGACGAACUUGUGCGCCUGAGUAUUAUACUUGGUCGUGUUCAAAAGGCCAUAUACACUCCUGCGGGUCUCAUGGUGGCCACUGACGCACUACUAAAUCAACUCCUAACUGACCUCGAGGCAUGGAAAGAAAAUCUUCCAGAACAACUCAGAUUUACUGGUCCCGAAAGUUCGCGUGCUGCUGGCUUGCUCUAUCUUCUAUAUGUCUGCGUAAGCAUGAUGUUUUGGCGUGUGUUUAUGCGUAUCAGUUAUACGUGUCCGGAACAUCUGAAAUUUGGUUUGACCGUGGAGCAAUGGAGCGCCCUUGUGACGAGCACUGGACAGGCUAUCGAUUGGCUAGAUGCAAACGAAAAAUUAUAUGAUGUUUGGCUCCUCGUUGCUUAUGCAGCAGCCUCGUGUGGCUUCGUACAGUAUCAUACCUAUGUGAGACGAAAGGAUGCAGAAGCCGAAGCCAAGCUUCGAAAGCUGAGAGAUUGCGUAAGACGUUGGGAAAAGAGUAUUUCCCCUGACCAUAUGUCAGCGCGACGCAAGGCUACGGAAAUCAUGGCGCUCCUGUAUGAGGCCAUUCAGACGCCCGUGAUGCCAUUGGAGGCACCUGUUCUUAAUCCGACUGGCGGUGUCAAAGGAAGACAACAGGCCGUGCUCGACUACAAACCUGAUCCUACUCGUCCUGGGACUGGCGUCUUUGUUGCACACGGUCAGAUUGAUUCUGAUCCUCCUAUGGCAACAGCAGUGCCAACUAGUACUCAGUCUACGACUAGUGCUGGGCCCAUUGUCAAUUUCACUCCAUUGACGGGAGCUGCCAUUGGCAGUGGCGUCUCCAAUGUGAACCCUGCCAUGAAUGUCCAGGCGGGUACUAAUGACCGAAUAAUCAACACUCUAGACACUCCGGCAACAGUGGAAAAUCUAGCUGAAUUCGCUGUCACCGAUACUGGGUUCUUAGAAGGGAUGCCCAACCUCAUGUUUGACUGGGGUCAAUGGGAUAGCUUCUUCUCUCGAUUUAAUGGCGCCUCAGAUGGGACAGUGCAGACCCAGCCAUCGUCCGCGUCUUAA